AUGGCUAAUUCUAGAAACAUCAUAUCACCGUAUCAACGUUUUCUUAAACUUUUUGACAUAGUCAAACUUUUUGCUACUUCGGUGGGAGCCAAUGUUUUUCGGCACGAUUAUCGCAUUGGGCCAAUGACAGUCAUUGUUACGCUGGCAGUAAACUCAUUUUUCGCCCUUAACUUUUAUACCGUAUACGUGGGAGUUGUAAAGGAAAAACACUAUACGGUGGUCAUGCAAAGUUUGUGUAUUGUGGGUACUGGCAUCCAGGGCUUCUCAAAACUAAUUUGUGCUAUUAGUAAUCAAGGCAUGAUGAGAUAUAUCGCCUCUGAAAUCGAAUUCAUGUACAGUGAAUAUGAGAAUAAGAGUCAACGCUAUGUGGAGCAACUGAAUAAAGCCGUGAAAACCUUAAAGUCCAUUCUUUUGGUCAUAUUCAAAAUCUAUGCCAUCUUAACCAUAGCUUUGAUUUCAGUACCCGUGUAUUACUAUCUGAUUUUAAAUCAAAAGAUGUUCAUAUUUGAGCUACAGCUUCCUGGAAUUGAUAAGAAUACCAUUUUGGGCUUUUUUUUGUUGCAAGCUUUCAAUGCUCUUUGUGUGGUUCUAUCGGGAUUUGGUAAUUUUGCCGCAGACACUGCCUUCUUUCUGAUGGUUGCACACACAACAUUGAUGAAAGAUAUACUUAAGUGUAAAUUUAAUGAUCUGGAUGAUAUAUUGCGUCAAUACUCCAGGGACCGGACAAAAACUGAAACCACAUUGCGUGAUAUAUUUCAAUGGCAUCAGAGAUAUUUGAAAUUUACCGAAACCAAUACGAAAAUCUUUUUCUGGAUAAUUUUUGCUCAGGUGACAUCCUCUGUCAUGGGCAUUAUUGGCAAUACAGUUUCAAUGUUUCUCGGUGAGUGGCCAGUAGCUCCCGUUUAUUUAGUAUCAUCCUUCAUUAUCAUGUACUGCUAUUGUGCCAUGGGCAAUUUGGUGGAGAUCUCAAAUGACGACGUAACUACCGCAAUCUAUGAUUGUCUAUGGUAUGAGCUGACUGUGCCCGAACAAAAGAUGAUCCUCAUAAUGCUAAGGGAAUCUCAAAAGACCGAAAGUCUAUCUGUGGGAGGAAUUCGGCCGUUGACAAUGAAUACCGGUUUGCAAUUGACCAAAACUAUUUACACAGUUGCCAUGCUUUUGAAUGAAUCUUUGAAUUAAUUGGAUUUGAAGUUGAAAGGGCGGAAAAGAAGUAAAAAAUCGAAAAUUGUAUGGCAUAAAAAAGCCAUUAAUUAA